UUGACAGGGUGUUGGAAACGGGAGGUCACUGGUAGCAUAUUAGCUUAGCAGAGGCCUGGUCAGUAGUUGUCGAGAAGCUGAGAUGGUCUUUCGACGUGACUGGUCGUAUUGAUUUUUGUAAUAUAACUAUAUAUUAUUGCGCUUAUAAAUAGUAAAACGAUUAUUCAUUCAGUUAAGUUGGUUUAGUAUUAAAUCGCCAUGGAUGCAGUGAACGCAUUCAACGUGGAGUUGUUCUCCAUGAUUGACAUGAAGCCUCCAAUAUCCCGUGCUAAAAUGAUGUCCGUAACAAAAUCAGCCAUCAAGGCUAUUAAGCUGUACAAACAUGUUGUCCAGAUAGUAGAAAAGUUCAUCAAGAAGUGCAAACCAGAAUUGAAGGUUCCGGGAUUAUACGUGGUUGAUUCUAUUGUUCGGCAGUCACGCCAUCAGUUUGGUGUCGAGAAAGAUGUAUUUGGACCCAGGUUUUUGAAGAACUUCACAGAUACUUUCCAAAACCUUUAUCAUUGUCCAGAAGAUGAUAAGAAUAAAAUAAUUCGUGUGCUAAACCUGUGGGAGAAGAAUGGAGUGUUUAGCAUGGAUAUCCUUCAGCCUCUGAUGGACAUGGCCAAUGGUGGUGCAUAUUCUCCUGCUCUUGAAGCUACCAUUAAGCCCCAACCAGAAACUACAUCUCCUGUUUGUAAUCCCUCUGUGAUGCCUGCAGAACAUCAGUUACCCAGUUCAGAUGCUUUAGCUGCUGUGGCACAACUGCUUCAAUCUCCCCAAUGUCAAGAGCUGCAGAUGAUGCUCCAGAACAUUCAGCAGGCAGAUAAGACUCUGGGAGCCACCGCCAUUGCAAACCACAUACCCAGCCCGACCCAGACGUCAGUGACUCAUCUCAACUCGCAUGGUGCUGAAACUGUAAAGAAAAACUCUUCAGCUGAGAAACUGCUCAGUCGAUUUGAUUACAAUGAAGAAGUUGCAGAAAUGCCAGUUUCAGACGUCAACGUUCAUUUACAAGGCAUUCCUAAAAAUAUGUUGAACCAGUUUCACGGGCAGAUGCUGAACACAAAUGCUCAUCUUGAUAUGGUGGGACAGGCAGUGGAUAUAAAGCACAGUAGAGGAAUGAGUUAUGGUGAACAUCACUUAACACCAGAUGGAUAUAACUCUUUACAAGAUUCGUACGCUCAGUCACGGGAAAACUCGAAAGAAAAUUCAUCUACAAGGCUUGAAGACAGACGAAGAAGCUAUGGCAGGAGAUCGAGAUCCAGUUCCAGAUCUCCUAGAAGAAGGUCAAGAUCUUCAUCUCACACUAGAUGGUCAAGGCUUCGACGCUCUCGUUCCAGAGAUCAGCACAGGAGAUCUCGUUCACGUUCCCAGGAUAGGAGUGAAAGAGGGAAGGACCGAGAAAGCAGGCAGAGAGGUUUUCCCAGCAUAAAGAGCCAGACACUCGGUGUUUGCAGUACCACACUUUGGGUUGGACAGCUUGACAAGAAAACUCAGCAGUCUGAUGUGAUGUCCCUUUUAGAAGAGUUUGGCCAGAUUGAGUCGAUUAAUAUGAUUCCACCUCGUGGUUGUGCCUACAUUGUUAUGGUUCACAGACAAGAUGCCUAUACUGCUUUGAAAAAGCUCAGCAGAGGGUCAUACAAAGUCAAUCAGAAACCUGUUAAGAUUGCUUGGGCGUUAAACAAAGGUAUAAAACCAGCUCACAAAAAGUUCUGGGACGUUGAGCAGGGAGUUACUUACAUUCCAUGGAGCAAAGUCAAAGUUGAGGAGUUGGAGAGCUAUCAAGAAGGGGGUAUGCUGGAUCCAGAGACGCUAAAUCCAGAGUGGAACAAUUCCAAGGAACUCAACAACCAGCCAGCUGCAAACAGAGCAUUGGAAAUGGUACCAGAUCCGACUCUCACUGCUCACAUUCAGAUGACAACAGGUCAACAGGCGGAACCUAUUGGAAGUCCACCUGCCUUUCAGAGCCCCAUCAUGCUUUCUCCGACAUCCAUGCCUCCAGCAGGAGCUCCUUUCAUUCCUGCAGAAUUUGCUGCUGUAAACCUAUCAGUAGCAGGAAAUGUCAAAGCUCCAGAGGAUUCCACAGAAAAUUCCACAGGAGACAAUGAACCAUCCUCUGCUAUGAGCACUGGCAACCAGCUGGGGUCUCCAACAGCACAGAUGAUGGCUAUGCCAAACCCUGCAGUUAUGCAGGGACGACCCCCCAGACCAGGCAUGUCACCUCUACAGCCUCCCCUCGGAAUGCCAAAUCCUCACAUGCGUCCCUUCCCCUCGCCUCAGAACAUGCAACACAUGCCUGCACAAAUGAUGCGAGGAGGACCGAUGUUUCCACCUGAGAGAUUCAGAAUGUCCAUGCACUUCCCACCUCGUGGUCCUCCUUUUCAACGAUUUCCACCAACGAGACCUGAGAUUUUGGAUGGAAGUGAGAGGGGGCAUUUUGGAACUGCGAGGCCAGGAUUUAGAUACCCACCAUUUCAAAGAGGGAGGUGGUAAAGAAUAGUUAAAUGAUGAAGGCUUCUACUUUAUUAAAAACUUUGGUGUGACACUGGUUGUGCUUUAUUCAGCCUUGUUACAUCUCUAAAACAUUUUCCAUAUGUAAAAUAAAACAAAGCUCAACAGCACUGUCCAGAAAAUAAUCUGUGGUCCUGUAUAUGUACCAGAGGAGACAUUUUUGGCUGUACAUACUGUAUGUACUUGUAUAUAUUUACCUUUUUUAUAUUUGAAGUUGGUGCAGUUUAUGCUUUAACAUUGUUAUCUUGCUUGGUUCAGAUAAAAAAAACUAUCUUUGAACAGUUUCUUUUAUUCAAGUUCUCUUCAGAAUAAUUAAUACCACACAGCUUUUUGAAAUACUAAACUGAUUUCAAUUUUACAGAAAUAAAUUUUCAUUUUGUGGAGAAAAAAAUGUGUAUCUUCUGCCAGUAGAGGGUAGAAUAAAUCUUACUUUUUAUGCCCACCUCUGUCAAUUCAUUGAGUUCACACCUUAGGUUUAUGUGCAGUGAUUAAAAUGUGUUCAGUUUGUGGGUGUUUCUGUUUCUAAAGUUUGGUGUCAUGUUCAUUUUCACUAAAUCAGUUUAUAUAAA